GAUAUUGCUCGAUGGUGAAGUUGCAAGAACCCUUUUAGAGGUGUUUGGUUUUUGGCUUUUUCUUCUGCUCAGAUUCGUUCUGGAAAAACAUGUCUCCUUGAAAAUUUCUAGUUCAGACAUUGCUCUUUCUAAUAAAAAAAAAUUUUAUUGGUUCAGAAGUCGGUAAUAUGGUCUAACAGAGUUUGAUAUUUUUCCAAAGACUUUUGCACCGCUUAUUAUUAUGCAGAGCAAUAUCGCUCAAAAACCAACCAAAACUUCCUGUUAUUUUUAUUAAUUAUCAGCAGUUUGAAAAAAAACAUGACACUUGAAAAAUCAUGAGCUUGAAGAGAUCCAUUGUUUCAUCUGACAGUCACUUGAAAACGAUUUCUUUUUCUCUCCAUAAACUAUAAAUACUUAUUACAGUUUUUAUUAUAAUUAUCACUUUGUUUGCAAAUUUUUAAACAUAUGCCUUUAAUUAUUAGUUUUAAUGUCAAAGAAGAUAUUCAAUUGAUUAGAUAAAAUCAUAUUUACAUCUCAUAAUGAUAUAAAUAAUAAACUUUCACCUGCUUAUGCAUUCAAUAUGUAUUUUCAUUCGAAUCUUUUCAAUCAAAUGCAAUUCAUCUUCAAUCAAGUUCUUAUAAAAACAGAAAAAAAACCAUAGUCAUUAUGGUUUGUUUAUUUAUUAUAUUUAUUUUAUUAUGAUUUAGAAUGAUUAUUUAAAUGAUAUGUUUAUAUUUGAUGAAAUAGAGAAAAUGAUUCACGAUAAUAAAAAGUCAAAUUUUCCUUGUUUAAUCAUUGAUAGUAUUUUCGUGACCAUGUUAUCAGAUAAUCAUGUUGAUCAACGAUUAAUCUUAUCAAAAAGCUUAGAUAAUCCAAUGAAAUAUUUAUUAUCUAACCAGAGACAAACUUUUAUAGCUGGUUCAAUUCUUUUCUCCAAUAUGUAUUCAUCGUUUAGUAAAUAUGAACAAAAAAAACUGACUGAUUCAAAUAAAAAAAACAGUAUUAGAAAAAUCAAUUACUGAAGUAAAUGGUCAAUUAAUGGUAAAAUAUUUCUACUAAACUCUGAGCAUAUGAAGAAAGAUUUUUAUUUUUUUUAAAGGAAUAUUUAAACCUGAUGAUCUGUUGCAUCCUCAGUCUACAGAAAUUAAUAAUGAACUUGAUCGUAUGGCAGUUGAACUUAUUGAACAUGGUCAUAAUCUUUAUUCAAGUUGGAUACCUCGUAAAAUACGAGAAGCUAAAAUUCGUGAAUCUACUGCAUUGUAUCAUGCUGAGAGACUUGCAUUAGCUUUCAAUUUGAUUCAAAGACCUGUUCCAUCUAUUAUUCAACUUACUACUAAUCUUCGUAUUUGUCCGGAUUGUCGUAAGUUAUUUUUACAGUGA